GCGGCAAUAAGAUCUCGACUCCCCGCCCACGCCCAGAAACAAAAAGAGAUGAAGUUUGUCUGCUUGAUGUUGAAUCCACACAAUUGAUUGCUUCUGGUGAUAAUGGAAAACAAGAACCAAGAGGAUCUAGAUCUGCUUCUGUCCCUCGACGACGGCGACGAGAGGGUUCUCGAAACUCCUCCCGGUUCUCCUUCUGCUCCACCCGUAUAUUUGACGGAUGAAGAAGAAUCCCCCAAACGUCGUAGAGGUCAGGCGGACUUGUCUGACUUCAGAAGUGUUGUUCAAGAUUGCAUUGACUACGACCCCAAACCUCUCCCUAAAACCACCAAUAAACCUAAAUGCGACAUUGAAAAGUUCUCUGGCUUGCGCUUAAGGUUACAAAAGUUAAAAAUCCUUUUUUUCUUUCGAAUUUGCCUAUUUGCUUCUUUGUCCAAACGUAUCUUUUGUAGGAAUCAAUUACUUAGCCCAGCAGAGAUUAGUGAUCUCUUCUCAGAUAUCCGUUUCGUUCGAUUGCAAACAAUCAAGAACUUGCUAAUGGGUGACAAACUCUCCGGCUGCUGGGCCACAAUGGGAGUGCUAACUGAGAAAGGACAACCCAAAACAAGCUCUAUAGGCCAGCCUUAUUGCAUUUGGAAAGUCUGUUCCUUAAACGAGAACAACACUGUCUCCCUCUUCUUGUUUGGUGACGCUUACAAGAAGAAUGAGACCGAAAAGGCGGGAUGCGUUUUCGGUCUCUUCAAUUGCUCUCUUCGCAAGGACAAAAUGGGAAGUGACUUUUCAUUAAGUGUCAACUCAGCUAAACAAAUGGUAAAACUAGGAGUUUCCGCUGAUUAUGGAGUCUGCACAUCCAAGCGGAAAGUUGGAACAACUUGUACUUCUGUUGUAAACAAACGCCAAGGAGCAUUAUGCAAGAUUCAUAAACUGAAUGCAACAGGCAAAUUUGCUACAAUGAGAAGUGAACUCAAAGGCGGAAACUUGAGAACGUCUUUCAGAGAUCCAAAAUCACAAGGGAUUUACACAGUUGAGCCACCAGUAGAUAGGAGCGGGAACAAAAAGGCUAAUCAGCCUGUCCGAGUACUAUCAGUGGAAGGUCUCCGAAAGGCUUUAAGUGGUGCAGAUAAAGUGACGCCUAACGUACACUCACAAGGAAUACGUUUCCUGAACGAGAUGGCUAAACAAUCGGCUUUAAAGAACGUUAACAAGAAAUCUGAAGCUGUGAAUAAGUCUGUAGAGAAGAGAAAAGCAUCUAAUACAAAAGAAACGCAAGUAAAGAGAAAGAGAGAAGCGGAUAAGAAGGAAACUCCUGAGAUUGCCACCGGAAAAAUGAUGGUCCUAGAUUUCUGCAGCUCCGACGAAGAAUGAGUCCUCAAACAGUAGUUACCAAGCAGCCCUUCCAAGUUACCAUACUUUAACCAAUAUAUUGGAUGUCGAGAUAAAGGAUUGUUGUUUCCAUUCAUACAAGAAAUGUUCUUUUUUGUUAUAUUGGAUUUGAGAUGGUA